CGCAGCCAGCCAGGGACUCCAGCACAAAGUACGUUUAUCAGCAACUCAAAAACAAAAACAGAUGUGUUGUUCUCUGAAAUAAGAUAUUGAUGCGCCGUGCAACCUGGUUAAUAAUCAACCCCCGGACCUCCUGCUCCCCCUCCUCUACCUGCAGCUGUUCUCCUCAUGGCUGAGGUCUAUUAUGUUGGGGUGGACGUGGGUACUUCCAGUGUGAGGGCUGCACUGGUGACCAGGACUGGUCUGCUCCACAGCACUGCAGAGGAGCCCAUCAGCAUCUGGGAGCCCCAGUCCGACCACUAUGUCCAGUCCUCCACUGAGAUCUGGGAGAAAUGCUGCACAGUCGUCAAGAAAGUCACUCAAGGUGUGGAGAGGAGUCAGGUACGAGGGAUCGGCUUUGACGCCACCUGCUCACUGGUGGUUUUAGACCAAAGCUUCCAGCCUGUUCCAGUCAGUCAGGGUGGUGACCGCCAGAGGAACGUGGUGAUGUGGAUGGACCACCGCGCUGAGGAGCAGGCGGCUCGUAUAACCAGCGGCGGCCACAGGGUGCUGAGCAGGGUGGGAGGGGUGAUGUCACCGGAGAUGCAACCCCCGAAGCUGCUCUGGCUCAAAGAGAAUCUGAGAGAAAGCUGCUGGAAUGAAGCUGCUCACUUCUUCGACCUUCCAGACUUCCUGUCCUGGAAGGCGACCGGCUCUCUGACACGGUCUUUAUGUACUCUGGUGUGUAAAUGGACUUAUUGCCCUCCAGAAGGAUGGGAUGCUGGUUUUUGGACCAGCAUUGGACUGGAGGACCUCCUGGAAAACAACUUUUCCAAAAUAGGCAGCGUGACGUGUUCUCCAGGGAGCGCGCUGGGAGACGGUCUGACCCUGGAGGCAGCAGCAGAGUUCGGUCUGGAGCCAGGAACCGCAGUGGGCGCUUCUCUCAUCGAUGCUCACGCUGGAGGCCUCGGGGUGAUAGGUGCAGAUGUAAAAGGCUUUAAUUUGCCCUGCGAGGACGAGCCGAUCACCUCCCGGAUGGCGAUGAUCUGCGGGACGUCGACUUGUCACAUGGCGAUCAGCGAGCGGCCUCUGUUCGUGCCAGGAGUGUGGGGGCCCUGCCUGUCUGCCAUGGUGCCGGGCCUGUGGCUCAACGAGGGAGGACAGAGUGCUACAGGAAGGCUGAUCGACCACAUGGUGAAGGGCCACGCCGCCUACAUGCAGCUCCAGGACGGGGCCCGCCAGAGACUUCCCUUUACUGGUGAGAACAUCUACAGCUACCUGAACAGCCACCUGAGCUCGAUGGCGAGCUCCUGUCCUGCUGUCGACCUGCUGGCCUCCGGCCUCCACGUCUGGCCAGACUUCCACGGGAACAGGUCUCCCCUGGCAGACCCCACCCUGAAGGGCAUGGUGAUCGGACUGCAGCUCUCCCAAACCUUGGAUGACUUGGCUCUGCUCUAUUUGGCCACAAUACAAGCCCUCGCUCUUGGUACGCUUCAUAUUCUGGACGCUAUGAAAGAAGCAGGACAUGACAUCACAACUCUCUUCCUGUGUGGCGGCUUGAGCAAAAACGCCCUGUUUGUCCAGAUUCAUUCCAACGCUACAGGACUGCCUGUGGUGUUGCCGGACCAGAUGGAGGCUGUGCUGAUCGGAGCAUCAGUGCUGGGAGCGUGUGCGUCACAGGACUACAGCAGCAUACAGGAGGCGAUGGAGAGAAUGGCUAAAGUGGGGAAAGUUGUGCAGCCUGACCGUGAACUCCAGAGCUUCUAUGAGAGAAAGUACAAAGUGUUCCUGCGGCUGUUUGCCCACCAGAGGGAGUACCAGCUCCUCAUGAGCCAGAGAUGACGCCACUGCUGACGGGGGGCAGCCGGCCGGCCGAGCUGGAAGUGACUCUCUCUCUGACGUAACCAUGACGAUGACAAAUCCACAUACAGGAAACCAGAACAGGAGUCCUAACCUUGCUGCUUGAAUCUCUAUCAGGAGGUUUUAGUUGCUCCUGGAUGGUGGAUGUAGGGUUUCUAAUCACCUUGCAGACCUGUUGGGGCUUUCUGUGUCUGUGUGCCUUUUUAAUCCACUGCUGCUGUUCUACCUAAAGGAAGAAGAUGUGAGAUGAACAGAUAACACAGUGACUGACUUACAAGUGCCCCUUCACCCCCAUCCACAGUCAGACACUGUCACCUUCAAUUCUUAAUAAAUAAUUAAAAUCAUAGUGCUCAAGCCUUUUACUGUCACUCCAACUGAAUGUGUUU